AAUGUUUUGAGUUUUGUCACUCCGAAACAGUAGAAGGCGCUAUACACCAAUAGAAUGCAGGUGUUCAACCGGUGACCCAAAUGCUGACGCAAGGACAGUCGAAACAUGACUCGAAAUUUAUUUUACCGAGCUGCUAAUAUUGUCCAAUUCAACAGGUUUACACAUCUAGCUGGGUCAAGGUUACUUUGCACGCAAACUCAAGCAGAGCCACUGACUGUCAGACAGCAAAACAAUGGAAUAAGGAGAAUAACCCUGAACAACCCCAAGAAGAGGAAUGCCCUGUCUCUGUCCAUGCUGGAAUCACUGAGAGGCAACAUCCUGGCUGACAUCGACAGCGAAGACCUCAGAGUCAUCGUCAUAUCAGCUAAGGGACCAGUGUUCUCCUCUGGGCAUGACCUGAAGGAGCUGACGUCAGCACAGGGCAGAGAUUACCACACCAAGGUGUUUCAGGCCUGCUCAGAGGUUAUGACCCUGAUACAAGACAUUCCCGUGCCUGUGAUUGCCAUGGUGAAUGGGGUUGCCACAGCAGCAGGAUGCCAGCUUGUUGCCAGUUGUGACAUUGCCGUGGUGACGGACAAGUCCACCUUCGCCACGCCAGGGGUCAACGUGGGUCUGUUCUGCUCAACACCAGCCGUGGCAAUAGGAAGAGCUGUCCCCAAGAAGGUCGCCAUGAAGAUGCUGUUCACAGGAAGCCCGAUCUCGGCCCAGGAUGCUUUGAGGCACGGGCUGGUCAGUAAGGUGGUUCCUGAGGAGCGUCUAGAGGAGGAGACGUUAGCCAUCGCACGGCGGGUCUGUCAGGCCAGCCGGCCCGUUGUAGCACUUGGCAAGGCCACCUUCCACAGACAGAUGGCCCAGGGGCGGGAUGCGGCCUACGCUACAGCCUCUCGUGUCAUGGUGGAUAACCUCGCUCUCAGAGACGGACAGGAGGGGAUACGGGCCUUCAUAGAGAAACGGAAGCCUGUGUGGACAAACAAAGCAGAGAAGGCCAAUGACGAGUGAUGUCUGCUGGGCUGGCCUACCAUGGCCUGUGAGGGGUGCACGGGCUGGUGAGGUGUGCUUGGCCUGCUCGAACCAGGGACCCUCUGCACACAUCAACAACUGACACCCUCAAAGCAUCGUUACCUAUCGCUCCACAAAAGCC